UCAUUCUUAUCACUUUCUGGGAAAUUAUUGCCAUAGAAUCAUACUUCCAUACUUCAAAAUUUUAGACAAAAAAUAAAUAAAUAACAAAAUUCUGCAAAUGUUCAAACGUAGUUGCAGCCUCUUGGACAAGCUGUCCAAGCAGCAAGUUGCCGAGUGGCUGGGCGGGAUCCAGACCGUUAUUUUCGGUACAGAUGGGGUUUUGUGGCAUGAGUAUGAGCCCAUUGAGGGAUCCGUGGAUGUCUUUAAUGCCGUCAGGGCCAAGGGAAAGCGAUGCCUGAUCGUGACCAACGAUAGCAUCCUCACGAAUGCGAAUUUGACCCAGAAGGCAGCGGGUAUGGGCUACCAAGUCAGGGAGCAGGAUGUGCUCAACUCAGCGGGAUCAAUAUCGAGCUACCUCAUCGACAGGAAGUUCGAGAAGAAGGUGCUCGUCAUGGGCGGUAGUGGCAUCUGUAGGGAUCUGAGAAAUGCCGGCUUCUGCACCAUUGUUAGCAACCAAAAUGCAGAGGGAAAGUGCUGGGUCGAGUUUGUGUCCACUCUGGAGCUGGAUCCCGAUGUGGGUGCCGUGGUGGUGGCCAGGGAUGAUGCCAUGGACACAAAUGGGAUGAUCGUAGCCUGCAACUACCUGCAAAAUCCCAAGGUGCUCUUCUUGACCACCGGCAGAGAUGGAUCCAUCGCUUUUGGCAAGCAACGGAUUCCAGAUGCCGCCACUGUGGCGGCUGCCAUCCAAGUAAUUGUCAAUCGAAAGCCCGUAGUCUUGGGAAAACCGCAUCCCCGGAUAAUGGGAAAGUUGCUGGAGUCCGGCGAAAUCGAGCCAGAAAAGACUCUAGUGAUAGGAAACUCGCUCAAAGAGGAUAUGGCUUUUGCCAGCAUCUGUGGUUUCCAGUCUCUUUUGGUGGCUGACGAAAAAGCUCUUAAAGAAGCCCAAAGAAUUAAAGAAGAGGGAAACGAAAAUAAGAUAAAAUUGGUCCCAGAUCUCUAUUUAUCCAGUUUAGCUCAUUUCAUGAGUUUUUAAGUACCGAAAGUAAUUCUGCAGAAUCCGAAGACGAAAAUCAAGACGAAGAAGAUUCACAGCAAAAAGUUGCCUAUGAGUGAGAAAUCUAAGUUUUUCUAAUUCAAAUUUUGGCGCGCAGGCAGAACUAAAGAUAGUAAAGAGCUAUAAAAUCAAAAUAGUACAUUUAAAAUCAAUA